CGUAGUGGCGUUUUUCAUCUGCUGGGCGCCCUUUCACGCCCAACGUUUACUCGCAAUUUACGGAGCCAGCGAGCGUACAUCCGCCGACAUGAUCCGGGCUUUCCAGAUUCUGACCUACGUCAGUGGUAUCUUCUAUUAUCUGUCGACGACGGUCAAUCCUCUACUCUAUCACAUUAUGUCCAACAAAUUCAGGGAGGCAUUCAAGAAAACCUACAAGCAGUUGUGCCGGAAAAGCCGCAAGGUGCCGGGAGGUAGGUGUUAUUCCUCAUUAUCAGCUCCACAUCAGUCAAACAGCGAUUCUUACAGUGGCGGCGGUUGGGGCGGAACUGGCAGCGGUUCGCUGCGUUACCUCGAGGACUCAGUGGCGGCUCGUCUACAUGACCAUCGACGGCCGCUGGUUGUUUCCUUCAGAAGGCAGAAGAGGGCGCCGAUGCAGGAUGUCAUCGAGGUAGACGCUGACCUGGCGGCGUCUAGAUCGUCGAGAGGGUUGUCGGAGAUUUGUAUGGCGCGGUCGAGCGGAUCGCCUAACGUUAUUAGAAGAAGUGACAUGAAAGGUUUUUCCUACUCACCCUCCGCGAAGCUCAAGAACUCCUUUUCCUUCUCGAGCCCAUUAAUUAUGGAACGGCUAAUAAUAGAGAGAUCCAGAUCAUUCGCCAAAGAUAAGCAAACACCUGGAAACGACUUGGAUGGCGUUCUCGGGAGUGAGUUACGGUAUCGGAGCGAAACGAACAAUCACCCUGAAGUAAAUCAAUUUGGAUUCGACGAUAGAUACAGAAGGGAGGUUCCGAAAAGGAGUAAUUGUAGUUUUGUUGAAGUUCACACUUUAAGGCCUACGCAUAUUUGCCCACUCAGUUCGAAAAAUAAAGCUUUGGAGGUACAGUAG